AUGGCGCUGUUCCCGGCCUUUGCGGGCGUUAGUGAGGCUCCCGAUAGCGGGAGCGCCAGGAAAGAAUUAGAUUGGCUGAGCAACCCAAGCUUUUGUGUUGAAACCGUCACAUCUCUGAGCCAGCAAGCUGAAGAGGCCGCAGCUCUAGUCUCUGAAGGGUCACUGCUGACGAGGAGUCCUCUGAAAUCAGAGCUGUCAGAUGAAAGUGACUCGAACAGAAACCUCCGACAAGCAAGCAGGAAAAAGAAGAAGGAGAAAAGGAAGAAAAGGAAGCAUCAGCACCACAAGAAAACCAAGAGAAAACGCGGGCAGUCAAGUAGCAGUGGGUCUGAGCCAGACACUGACUCUGAAAAGGACAAAUCCCCCAGAGGCCUCAGAGGCGGUAACAGAGGACCGGAGACACUGAGCCAAGACAAUGCUGCUGCUGCUGCUGGGCCCCGCUGUGUUUGGCUGGAGGACAUCCAGGCUCUGACAGGAGAAACCUUCAGAACAGAUAAGAAACCAGAUCCUGCAAACUGGGAGUACAAGUCUCUCUACCGGGGAGAUAUAGCAAGAUACAAGAGGAAAGGAGACUCCUGCCUUGGCAUUAACCCUAAGAAGCAGUGCAUAUCCUGGGAGGGGGCUCCCACGGAAAAGAAGCGGGCACACAAGCACGUGGAGCGCUAUUUCACGAAGAAGAACGUGGGGCUGAUGAGCACGGACGGCGUUGCCGUUAGCAGUAAAACGGACCCUCCCUCAUCUGCGCCCAUCUCCUUCAUCCCAGUGAAGGACUCGGACGACGUGGUUCCUCCUGUUACAACCUGGUUGAACCCUCUGGGGAUUUAUGAUCAGUCCACCACCCAGUGGUUACAAGGACAAGGACCUGUAGAGCAGGAAUCCAAGCAGCCAGACUCACAGCCAGACCACGAGAACGUGCUUCUCAAGGCCCGAGUGGAGGAGUUUAACAGGAGGGUGCGGGAGAACCCUCGGGACACUCAGCUGUGGAUGGCGUUCGUUGCUUUCCAGGAUGAGGUCAUGAGAAGCCCUGGCCUGUAUGCCAUCGAGGAGGGCGAGCAGGAGAAGCGGAAGCGGUCCUUGAAGCUCAUCCUGGAGAAGAAGCUGGCCAUCCUGGAGCGGGCCAUCGACAGCAACCCGAGCAGCGUGGACCUGAAGCUCGCCAAGCUGAAGCUCUGCGCCGAGUUCUGGGAGCCCUCCAUGCUGGUCAAAGAGUGGCAGAAACUGAUCUUCCUGCACCCCAACAACACAGCCCUUUGGCAGAAAUACCUCUUGUUUUGCCAGAGCCAGUUCAGCACCUUUUCAGUAUCCAAAAUUCACAGCCUUUAUGGAAAGUGCUUGAGCACACUGUCUGCUGUGAAGGACGGCAGCAUCUUAUCUCACCCUGAGCUGCCAGGCACCGAAGAGGCCAUGUUUGUGCUCUUCCUGCAGCAGUGCCACUUCCUGCGCCAGGCCGGGCACGCAGAGAAGGCCGUCUCCUUGUUCCAGGCCAUGGUCGACUUCACCUUCUUCAAACCCGACAGCGUCAAAGACCUGCCCACCCGAGGACAGGUGGAGUUCUUCGAGCCCUUUUGGGACAGUGGAGAGCCCCGGGCUGGGGAGAAGGGCGCCCGAGGCUGGCGGGCGUGGAUGCACCAGCAGGAGCGGGGCGGCUGGGUGGUCAUCAACCCAGAUGAGGAUGAUGAUGAACCAGAAGAGGAUGACCAGGACAUCAGAGAUAAGACUCUGCCCAAAUGGCAGAUCUGGCUUGCUGCCGAGCGAUCCCGAGACCAGAGGCACUGGCGGCCGUGGCGCCCUGAUAAGACCAAGAAGCAAACGGAGGAAGACUGUGAGGAUCCAGAGAGACAGGUGCUGUUUGAUGAUAUCGGACAAUCUCUAAUCCGACUCUCCAGCCAGGCUCUUCAGUUCCAGCUGAUUGUGGCCUUCCUGCAGUUCUUGGGCGUGCCUGCUGGCUUCAGCCCUCCAGCCUCCUGCCUCUACCUGGCCAUGGAUGAGAACAGCGUCUUCGACAACGCGCUUUAUGACGAACAGCCAUUGACUUCUCCCAGCCUUUCAUUUUCUGGCGUCAGCUGUGUCGGUCGCACGGACCAGUUGGGCUGUCGGCGCUGGACCAGGGGGCACAGCCGAGAGGGCGAGGAGUUCAUCCGCAACCUCUUUCACCUGGUGAUGCCUCUGUUUUCAGGCCCGGAGAGGUCCCAGCUCUGCUCCUCCUGGCUACGGUACGAGAUCGCAAAGGUCAUUUGGAGCCUCCUCACUAAAAACAAGAAAAGGUUAAAAUCACGAGGAAAGAGCUGCAAAAAACUAGCCAAGAAUCUCCUUAAGGAGCCAGAAAACCGCAACAAUGUUUGCCUCUGGAAGCAGUAUGCACAUCUGGAAUGGUUGCUUGGCAACACAGAGGACGCCAGAAAAGUGUUCGAUACAGCACUCAGCUCGGCAGGGAGCCGGGAGCUGAAGGACCCGGAGGUCUGUGAGCUCAGUCUGCUCUAUGCUGCGCUGGAGCUGGAGCUGGCGCCGGACACCAGAGUGGCCACCGCAGCCCGAGCUGUCCACAUACUCACCAGGUUGGCUGAGAGUGGUCCCUACGGGCCCUAUACUGGCCAAGUCCUGGCUGUUCACAUUCUGAAAGCUCGGAAGGCUUACGAACACGCACUGCAGGACUGUUUGGCUGAGAGCUGUGUCUCCGAUACAGCUGCCGCCGCCUCCCUUAACCGCCUAGUCAGCGUGGUUAAAUGCUUUAUGCUCUUCCAGUAUCUGACCACAGGGAUCGAUGCCGCUGUGCAGAUACACGAGCAGGUGUUUGCAAAACUGAAGGGCUCUCUCUCCCCAGAAGGCCCGGUCCUGGAGGCCAGUGCCUGCCCCUCGGGUGUGAGCGUGAGCAGCGUCCUCGAGGCGGUCACACUGAUGCACACGAGCCUGCUCAGGUUCCACAUGAAAGUCAGCGUCUACCCUCUGGCUCCCCUGCGGCAGGCGCUCUCGGAGGCUCUGAGGCUGUAUCCAGGCAACCAGGUUCUGUGGCGGUUCUACGUCCAGGUUCAGAGCAAGUCCCACAGCGCCAGCAGGACCAGGCGGUUCUUCGACGCAGUCACCAGGUCUGCGAAACCCCUGGAGCCUUGGUUGUUUGCCAUUGAGGCUGAGAAAAUGAGGAAGAGACUGGUGGAGACUGUCCAGAGGGUAGAUGGCAGAGAGGUCUACGCCACGAUUCCUGAGACCGGCUUGACGCACCGGAUCAGAGCCCUGUUUGAGAACGCCAUCCGGAGUGAGCACGGCAGCCAGUGCCCCUUACUGUGGAGGAUGUACUUGAGUUUUUUGGUUUCGUUAGGAAACAAGGACAGAAGCAAGGGUGUGUUCUACAAAGCACUUCAGAGUUGUCCUUGGGCAAAGGCCUUGUACAUGGACGCUGUGGAGUACUUCCCCGAUGAGAUGCAGGAGAUCCUGGACCUGAUGAUGGAGAAGGAGCUCCGAGUGCGCCUGCCCCUGGAGGAGCUGGAGCUGCUGCUGGAGGACUAG